CUCUAAUCGGGUCAAUAACAACACUGCUGCUCCUAAUUCCCACUUCUCCAGUUCUCCCCAGCAUUUCUUGCAACCCCCAACUCUCCUCUCGCUCUCUCUCUCUCUUCACUAUCGGGGCGAUCGUCUUCUGUAUUUUGAGCUUCAGUCUGCCCUUUUUUGUACAAAGCAGAUAGCUGAUUAGAGAUAUGGCAGAGAAAGAGACUGUCAAGCAUCUUGAGGACUGCUCAGUUUCCAACGCGUUGGGCACAUGGGUAUUCUCUGUAGCUGGUGCUUUGCUCGCGAUUCCAGUUGGUAUCAAGCGGAAAUCUUUGGCGCCUCUCGUGUUCUUCGGCACAACCGGUACAAUGCUCGAUAUAAUCUUGGGGAUUAGCGCUUGUGAAAGAGAACAUGCGGAACGCCAAAAGCAGCUUUUAGAAGCUCAAAAUUCUGCUGCUGAUGGUGCUUUGCCAGAGACGGGAACCGAGUCUUGAUUUAUGUGCUUGCGUUGUAACUCUGUUUGUUCUCAACUUGUAGUUAUCGAAAAGCCAAUCAGUUUGUGAAUUUCUUUCCCGGGAAUUGGAAUCCUUUCUUUCAUGGAGUUAAUUUUAAGAGGGAAUUUCAUUCACAAUGUUGCUUCAUAUCUUGAUGGUCCAUAAAAUACUCGACCAUAUAAUAAAUGACUGAGGGUUUACUUUGAAGCAACUUCAGCAACUAAUAGCUUAAAGUGAUCAUUAUGCCUUUUAUUGUA